AGCACCUCCUGCUUUUUCGGCGCCUGCCAGCGAGCAGGAAAUCCCUCUCUCCCGGAUAAAGGAGACGUCAAACGCCAAGAAGACAACUCCGUGAUGAGUUCUACCAAACUGACAGAAAUACCUGGUGACCUUGAGGAGGAGAAGAGGCUCGCCAAAGCCGCCCGCGAUGCCAACCACCUCCCAGAGCUUCGCCUGGUCCUGCUGGGCUGGAGGUGGCCAGGCAAAAGCCUGACCGGAAACACCAUCCUAGGCCGAGAGGAGUUCCAUUUGGAGCGGGCAUCUGAGUUCUCGGUGAAGCGCGAGACCGAAGUGGACGGCCGCAAGGUGACGAUAGUGGACACGCCGGGUUGGUUCUCCUCCCAGACCACACCCACAUCGUACCAACAGGAGAUGGUGCGAAGCGUCAGCAUGUGUUCGCCGGGGCCGCACGCCUUUCUGCUGGUCAUCCCCGUGGGCAUGUUUACCGAGACGGACAGGGCUCGCGUAGAGGAGAACCUGGCGCUGCUCGGGGAGGACGUAUGGAAGCACACCCUGUUGGUGUUCACGUGGGCCGAGGUGCUGCGGGACCGGCCCAUCGAGAGGCACAUCCGCAGGGAGGGCCGCGAGCUGCAGUGGGUGGUGGAUAAGUGUAAGAACAGAUACCACGUCAUCAACAACCAGAUCUUCGGGGAGCACCCCCAGCUUCCCCUUCUGAUGGAGAAGAUUGAGAAGCUUGUGGCUGAAGAGGGAGGACACUUUAGAACACAACCUGAGGAGAAAGCCCAGAGUGCGGCUCCAGCCGAAGCCAACAUCGGGAACCUGAACUCUAAUGCGGUGAGAGAGGAGCGUGAUCUUGGGGCGAGACCCAAAAAGAACUGUUCCUUCAGCUCCCUUCGGGCCAUGGACAUCGACCCUCCGCAGAGUCCUAUGGUUGAGGGGGUGUCCGACUGAAGGGCGUCUGAGCCGAGAGUAAGAAAAAGUGCUGCUUCACUCCAAACCUCGCUCCAACAUCGUCGGCUUCAGGAAAUUACGUCAUAUUUAUUUACAGAGUGGGAGGGGGAAAAAAAUCAGAUAUUUAUUUGGUGUUUGUAGAGAUGAAGGUUGUGCUGAAUACCUUUUGGAUGAGGUAAAAAGGGGGAAACCAAGUCAGCAACAUCACAAACACUCCCGCUCUGUUUAUUUGCACUAACGAUUCGCUGACCCCGAAAUGUUGCCGUAUCGUAAGAGCUCCAGUCUUUUAAGUGAUUAAGCGAAAUGCUUAUUAGUUUUACAUGGGAUGGUUACGCUUUUGACCUAAAUUCAGUUUAACUGUGUACUUCUGUGCGUUCAGGAGGAGGGACCAAGUUUUCACACUACUAAUCUCGAGUCUGGGCCAUGGAAAACAGUCAAUCAGCAGGACUAAUUCAGUUUAGUCAUUCGUCAGUCGAGUAUUUUAAGUAAGUGUGAUUGUAAUAUAUCGUCAUCAGCAUUAGUGUUUUUAUCCGAAUACUCCUUGGAUGUAGGAUGAAAUUGUGAAGUUACUGGUUUCUCUUUUUUCUGAUUUUUGUAUUUAAGUUACGGCAAGCUUUGCUAUUUAGUUUUACAGAGACUGUGAGACGUUUAAAAGAGUAGUACUACUAUAGGAAACCCGUCUUUUCAAUCAUUCCUGUCAUUUUUACGCAUCAAUAUUAGCUUUUAGUGAAAUGUUUUGCGUGUAAACACCCAGCAUGAUGAAGCCGGGAUCGUUACUGUCGUUCCUCAAUAUUACUUGUAUACGUUGGGAUGGAAUGUGGUACACACACUAUAUAUAUAUAUAUAUAUAUAUAUUAGUGUAUAUGUAAUGACACACAGCGAUCAGGCAUAACAUUGUUCUCCUCGUUUCUACGCUCACUGUCCACUUU